AGAAACUUCCUAAUGCAUAAGCCGGUUUAAUUUGUAUCUUGUGUUAAUGGUACCAAUCUGUGUUUGACAGAGGAGAUAUGGUUGCCGGGCAAUGAUGCUGGAGACUGUGGCGGCUGUUCCUGGAAUGGUGGGAGGCAUGCUGUUGCACUGCAAAUCCUUGAGGCGAUUUGAGCACAGUGGUGGCUGGAUCAAAGCUCUGUUGGAAGAAGCUGAGAAUGAGCGUAUGCACCUAAUGACAUUCAUGGAGGUGGCCAAGCCAAGGUGGUAUGAGAGAGCGCUUGUAUUUGCCGUCCAGGGUGUUUUCUUCAACGCCUACUUCUUGGGCUAUGUCAUUUCACCCAAAUUUGCUCACCGGAUGGUGGGGUACCUUGAGGAAGAAGCAAUCCACUCUUACACUGAGUUCCUCAAGGAGCUGGACAAGGGCAACAUUGAAAAUGUCCCUGCUCCAGCAAUUGCCAUUGAUUACUGGCGCCUGCCUGCUGACUCCACUCUCCGGGAUGUUGUGAUGGUUGUGAGGGCAGAUGAGGCACAUCACCGUGAUGUCAACCACUUUGCAUCGGACAUACAUUACCAGGGACGGAAACUGAAGGAAACGCCUGCCCCACUCGAGUACCAUUCAUCUGAAAUGCUGGGAAUUAGCCUCGUCUUAUAAAGUGAAUUGAGACAGAUACUUCUACUAAACCUACAAAUAAGUAGUUUUUGUAAAGAUAACAAUGAUACUGGUUUUGUUUGCACUGAGUUUUGAUGUGGGUCUGCGCUAAAGUGUGUUCAGGGCUCUCUGCAUCUGUUAACGAACUUACUGGAGUUAUGAAUGUUAAUUGAGUUCGUACUUGUUUUGAGACCUUCAUUAUUCCAGCUGAAUUUUCCUUGAAUUGAAAUUGUUCAUUGUAAUUAACCCUCUGCUCAUUU